AUGGGUAAAUGUGGCUCGUCGCAUUGCGCUUGGCCCGCGCUGGCAGCGUUGAUACUCGGCCUGGGGAUAGGGAACAUCUCGGCUGCGUCGGUCUAUAUCGCUGCAGAGCAAUGUCUUGCUCCCGCGCCCGCUGCCGCAGUGCCGGACUAUGUUAUUAAAUAUGAUCCGUACCAGCCGUCAGAUAUCGGAGCGCAGCUGAAGAACGCUGUUCCGAUGAUAAACCAUGUUGCCAUCCCCAAUGCCCCGACCGACAUCACGCUCGACAACCUUGACCAGCUUAACAAAUUGGGCGGAGACAAGGUGUGUCUCACGUCGAAGGAGGGCAUCCAGGCUCUCCCGGCUUGGUUUAGAGGUGUCAAGCCAAACAAGGACGGCAAAACCGAGGGUGCCGUUUCGUCUGUCAUAGUGGUCCGGGAACACGGAGACGAGGGCAAGACCGUUGAUGCAUUUUACUUCUACUUUUAUGCGUACAACCAGGGCAACACAGUGCUGGGCAUUGAAUUCGGCGAUCAUGUUGGUGACUGGGAACACAAUAUGAUCCGCUUCCGCAACGGCAAGCCUGAGGCCGUCUGGUACAGCCAGCACGCCGCCGGCCAGGCAUUCCAAUACAGCGCAACAGAUAAGCGUGGAGGCCGUUGGGGCGACGAGCAGCUGCCAGACAACACUCCCGGCCAGGUCGAGCUGUUCGGCCAGCGCAAGUACACGACGGGACCUAAUGGGCCGAUGUUCAAGGAGCUCGUGAGAGAUAAGAUAUGUCCAAGUGGCGUGAAGCUGUGCCUCGUCCUGCCGUGGGUGACUGCUGUGAAUGAGGAGGAGAGGAAGCAAGUACUGGCCGAUCUGGUCAAAGAGGAGCUCGAGCGCGAGAGCAAGAAGCAUCCAAACCCCCUCAAGUGA